UGAGGUACUGAGGAGCGGUGAUAUGGAGGUGGUGCAUAUACGGAGUCCUCGAAACUAUCGUCACCAAAACUCGUAAACCAACCAUGAUAUGAUAUCUCCACUCAUACUAUAAUCAAUGCUGCUUCUUCUACUCCAUACACAGUAACGCAAUUUGCAACUUCUAACAAACAAUGCUACUCACGUGUCACCACCACCCUUUCUUACUCGGCGCAAUCACCACUAACAGAAACUACAACCUCUCACUCUCCCUCUCCAUCAUAACCUCUCGCCCCUUCCACCUCACCACUCCAAACCUUAAACUCACCGCUCAUCGCUUCAAUUCUCUCACAGUCAGCGCCAACUCAUUUCCUCUCCGAUCCCAACAUGUCACUGCCGAUUCCAAUUUUGACUCUCUCCUUUCUUUCCUCGAGUUCUCCUGCCUCCUCUCUUCCGCCGUCGCGUCCUCCGCUGCCACCGUGGUCGCGGCUUCCAAGAACGAGCUACUGGCCGGGAUCGGCACCAGAGCCGCUCCGUUUGGCGUCACGAUGCUUGUGAUCGGGGUUUUGAUCGGCGUUUGGAUUCGGAGGCGCCAGUGGAGGCGCGUGUGUGUGGAGAACGGGAAGAAUGGGUUGGAGGUUAACUUUCUCCAGAGGAUUGAGAAAUUGGAGGAGGAUUUGAAGAGUUCCCUGACGGUUGUUAGGGUUUUGUCCAGACAGCUCGAGAAAUUAGGGAUUAGGUUUAGGGUUACGAGAAAGGCCUUGAAGGAUCCCAUAGCUGAGACUGCAGCUUUGGCCCAGAAAAAUUCCGAGGCUGCUAGAGCAUUAGCAGUGCAAUCAGACAUUUUAGAGAAGGAACUAGGUGAAAUUCAACAGGUUUUAUUAGCAAUGCAGGAACAACAGCGAAAACAACUUGAUCUGAUUCUUGCAAUCGGGAAGGCUGGUAAGCUAUGGGAAAGCAAGCCCGAAACCAGUGAUCGACAAGAUACAUUAGAAAUGUCAAACUCGGCUGAGGGUGUGAUAAAACAGGAGGUGCACCAAAUAUGAAGAUUGGGUUAAAAUAGGAGGAAAUUCCUGAAAUUUUGAAGUAGCAAAUCAUGAAUACCUCAAAUUUGCUGUGGAUACAGGUGAGAGGAGAUUACUCGAGAGAGGUAAGAUAUACUAAGGUAGGAGCAUUUGUUGAACUCUGUCCAGCUCUGUAGUAAAAGUUUAGGAAAGAUCUGCUGGUUCUUCGUGUCGGUGCAUGUACUUUGAAAUCAAAUUUAUAAGCUGUUCAUCAAUUUUGUUUUUAAAUGCUUAUAUUGGUAGUAUUAGGGCUCGGUACAACAUU